AGCUUCACUGUGGAUGAGCCCCUCUCUCUCCUCUCUUCCCUUGUGUUACGAGCGCACGCUUGCUCAGCCAGAGUCCUUCUUCUUCUGCUUCUUCUUCUUCUCUCUUGCUUCUUUUUCCUGUUCAUGGAGCUUCAGAGACGCCAAGAUCAGGGCUUCUCUGAGAGGAAAGGACAGAAGCGGAAGCUGGAGGAGGAAUUGGAAGAGGAGUCUGAGAUCUCGGCUCCACCGCCUACCGGCGACGUCCGUGAGGCGUUGCUCGCCGAGGUGAAGGCUCAGGUUGACGUCCUUGACUACGCUUUCUCAUGGAAGGAAUCCGAUCGAGCCGCGGCUAAGCGCGCCACUCACGUCCUCGCUGAGCUUGCCAAGAAUGAAGAAGUGGUGAACGUGAUUGUUGAAGGAGGCGCCAUUCCGGCUUUGGUUAAGCAUCUCCAAGCGCCUCCUUCAAGUGAAAACGAUCCUGGUCAGAAGCCAUUUGAGCACGAGGUUGAGAAAGGGAGUGCUUUUGCUCUGGGACUUCUUGCCGUCAAGCCAGAACAUCAACAGCUCAUUGUUGACAAUGGUGCCUUAAAACAUCUUGUUGAUCUGUUGAAGAGACAUCAUAAUACCUCUGCUUCUCGUGCUGUGAACAGUGUCAUUCGUAGGGCUGCAGAUGCGAUCACUAAUCUUGCGCAUGAAAACAGUAACAUCAAAACGUGUGUCAGGAUGGAAGGUGGGAUUCCACCGCUCGUUGAGUUGCUUGAAUUCCCUGAUACAAAGGUUCAAAGAGCAGCUGCGGGCGCACUGCGUACCCUGGCUUUUAAAAAUGAUGAAAACAAAAAUCAGAUUGUCGAAUGCAAUGCUCUUCCAACUCUGAUUCUAAUGCUUCGUUCUGAAGAUCCUGCUAUUCAUUAUGAAGCGGUUGGUGUGAUUGGAAAUCUGGUGCACUCUUCUCCUAAUAUAAAGAAAGAAGUUAUUCUAGCUGGAGCUUUGCAACCUGUAAUUGGAUUGCUUCGCUCUUGCUGCUCUGAGAGCCAAAGGGAAGCAGCAUUGUUGCUUGGACAGUUUGCAGCUACUGAUUCUGACUGCAAGGUUCAUAUUGUUCAGAGAGGUGCUGUUCCACCUCUGAUAGAGAUGCUUCAAUCCCAGGAUUUACAACUCAGAGAAAUGUCUGCCUUUGCAUUGGGGCGACUGGCACAGGACGUGCAUAAUCAAGCUGGUAUUGCACACAAUGGUGGCUUAGCGCCAUUACUUAAGCUUCUUGAUUCCAAAAAUGGGUCUUUGCAGCAUAAUGCAGCUUUUGCACUUUAUGGCCUUGCAGAUAAUGAGGAUAAUGUGUCCGAUUUUAUUAGGGUAGGUGGAAUUCAGAGACUGCAGGAUGGAGAGUUUAUUGUUCAAGCGACAAAAGAUUGUGUUGCAAAGACAUUGAAAAGAUUAGAGGAAAAGAUUCAUGGCCGCGUCCUGAGUCAUUUGUUAUAUCUUAUGCGAGUUUCAGAAAAGGCUGUCCAAAGACGAGUUGCACUGGCUCUUGCUCAUCUUUGUUCUGUGGAUGAUCAGAGAUUAAUAUUCAUUGAUAACAAUGGUUUGGAGUUGCUGAUUGGGCUUCUUGGCUCUUCUAGCCCAAAGCAGCAACUUGAUGGUGCUGUAGCUUUAUGCAGGUUGGCCAAGAAAGCCAUGACUCUAUCUCCCAUGGAUGAUGCUCCCCUCUCUCCAACACCUCAGGUGUAUUUGGGAGAGCAGUAUGUUAACAAUGCUACACUGUCUGAUGUUACAUUUUUGGUUGAAGGGAAGCGGUUUUAUGCUCACAGAAUCUGCCUACUUGCAUCUUCAGAUGCAUUUCGUGCAAUGUUUGAUGGCGGUUAUAGGGAGAAGGAUGCAAGGGAUAUAGAAAUUCCAAACAUAAGAUGGGAGGUUUUUGAACUAAUGAUGAGAUUCAUCUAUACUGGGUCAGUUGAUGUUACUUUGGACAUUGCUCAAGAGCUCCUUCGAGCAGCUGAUCAAUAUCUCCUAGAAGGACUUAAGAGACUGUGUGAGUAUGCAAUUGCGCAGGAUAUAUCACUUGAGACUGUAUCAAGUAUGUAUGAACUUUCGGAAGCCUUUAAUGCAAUAUCAUUGAGGGACACCUGCAUCGUUUAUAUCCUAGAGCAGUAUGAUAAACUGUGUGCCAGGCCAGGGCAUUCUCAUCUGAUUCAACGCAUCAUGCCAGAAAUACGCAACUACUUUACAAAAGCGCUUACGAAGGGUAGCGCCCCUAUUGCUCGGUCGUAGCAUGCCAACCGUUUGCUUCUUGACCUCUAACUGAUGAUUGUGGUGUACAGAAUGCCUUAGACGUUCUUUCUGUUGUCAUUUGUUGAGCUAGGGAAGGAGGUCUCCUCUAUCUGUGUACUGCAUGGCUGAAGGAAAUAAUUGAGAGCAGUCAUAGGCGUCCUUCUCUGAUGAAGCGCAAGUCCAUUUUGUCUGCAUCGUCAAUUUGUCAUAGAUACAAUAGCAAAUAUGACCUUCGCCACCAUUGGUUUUUUCCCCUGCAAUACUGUGAUGGUUAUAUGCAACUCUCUCUCUUUCUCUCUCUCUAUUGAUUUUGCAUUCAGGAAUUACCAUUGUGUUGAUGAUAGGUUAAUGUUUCUCUUAGAGCAAGUAUAUGUAUAUAUCACAAUUAUUCUGCAAGAAAUCGUGCUCUUAGGUUUAGGUAAUUUAUUCCAGGCCCUUGAAUCUGGUCUUCUGAUAGAGAUGUGUGUUGGAAGUUCUUAUUUCGAAUUACAUUAUCUAUUUUACUGGAAUUUACUAAA